GACUUUGCCAUGACAGUAGCAGCAGCAACAAGGAAGGGUUGCAGAGGCCGGGCAAUUCACCGCCUCAAAUUCAGUCCAGAUUAGGCCGUAUCAUCUCCCUCCUAGCUCUGCCACAGUCCACAGCUAGUUCGUACUCGCAUAUAUUCCUCUCUAGUUCUUCGCGCAGUAGCUAUAGCUAGCCAGAUAUAUACUCCAUCAAUGGAUCACCAUGUCGUAGUCCAGCUCGCGCAGCACCGUUAUUCAGGCUCGCCGUCCGCAGAUCAGCCACCUGCGGCGGCGGCGAGUGGUGAGUCGACGCCUCGCAUGGAGAUGUGCCCGUCUCUCUAUCGCGCUGCACGCAGCGGCCGCUCGGAGGAGGUCGUGGCGUUGCUUCUGCAACAACGGCACGGCGCUGGAUCAGCAGCAGGACAUCGUCAUCAAGUCGCUGGUCUGUUGUGUUUGAGAGGAGGUGAUUGUAGAAGAUCCUCGCAACGAGGCAUUAUUCAGCAUGAACAAUGCAACCUACUCGAGGUGACGGCGGAGAGGAACACCGUUCUUCAUGUCGCAGCGGAGAAAGGGCACAUCGAGCUGAUCAAGGAGCUCUACCACAGGUUCAUCAAGGACAACAACUUCCUCUCUCGUCGAAACUCGGCACUGAACACGCCUCUGCACUGCGCAGCAAGGGAAGGGCACACCGGCACCGUGACAACCCUAGUACAUCUAGCCCAGGACCGUGUGGAGAAUAUCAUGGGGUGCCAGAACACGGCCGGGGACACGGCCCUACAUCUGGCAGCGAGGCAUGGUCAUGGCGCCACUGUGGAGGCUCUUGUCGCGGCACACGCAAAGGCGACAGAGCUGAACAAAGUCGGCGUGUCUCCGUUGUACUUGGCGGUGAUGAGCAGGUCGGUGCCUGCUGUAAGAGCAAUAGUUACUACCUGCAGUGACGCAUCAGCCGUUGGGCCGAGCUCGCAGAAUGCUCUGCAUGCUGCUGUCUUUCGGAGCUUAGAGAUGGUUCACCUCUUAUUGCAAUGGAAGCCAGAACUGGCUAGCCAAGUCGACUGCAAUGGUAGCACCCCGCUCCAUUUCGCGGCAUCCGAUGGCAACAGCAAAAUCAUACGUGCAAUCAUGGCCACUGCGCCACCUGGCACAGUGUACAUGAAGGACUCGGAUGGCCUCUCUGCUCUUCAUGUCGCAGCUAAGUUGGGGCAUGCCGAUGUUGUCAAGCAGUUGAUUGGGAUCCGCCCUGAUGCUGUCGAGCUUCGUGACAGCCAUGGUGAGACCUUCGUGCACUCCGCAGUCAGGGAGAAGCGCUCCUCGAUCGUGUCCCUUGCCAUCAAGAAACACAAGCAGGUCGGUGGUCUUCUGGAUGCGCAGGACGGGGAUGGGAACACGCCGCUCCACAUCGCCGUGGUUGCCGGCGCGCCUGGCAUCGUGAAUGCUCUACUCCAGAAGGGGAAAGUGCAAACCGAUGUCUUGAACGACGAUGGACACACACCGCUAGAUCUCGCUUCCACAUCGCCCAGUUUGUUCAAUAUGGUAAGGUUCGUGAUGGCAUUAGUUGCUUUCGGGGCACAAUGCCGACCACAAAGGAAUGACCAUCUGAAGCCAUGGAGCGGCCAUGACAACAUAGGGAAGGGGAUAGAGAGGACUUCGGACAGCCUCGCGGUGGUGGCCGUGCUCAUCGCCACCGUUGCCUUUGCAGCUGGAUUCAACAUGCCGGGCGGGUACACGAACGACGGCUCGGCAAGCCUCGAGGGCAUGUCCUUGUUCAGAUGGUUCGUGGUCCUCGACGCCAUCGCGGUAGCAUCAUCGGUGAUCGCCGUGAUCCUGCUCGUCUACGGGAAGGCGUCGCGCUCCACCGGGUCGUGGAAGAGCUUCGUGGCGGCGUUGCACUGCAUCUGGGUCUCGCUCGUCAGCCUAAUCCUGGCCUUCUUCGCGGCCUCCCGUGCCGUGAUGAGAACCUCGACGGCAGAAUCCAUCGUGUACAUUGUUAUCUACGUGGGCAUCAUCGUUUUGUCUCUCUUUGUCGCACAGUGGAUUGGACCUGUGACGACGGCGCGUGCAUUCUGGAGGUUUUUGUGGCUCAGUCACCGGGCUCACACCGUCAGGAGGCAGUAUCCGUUCGCCGUCGCUUCCAUCUACAACUGGCUUCUCUUCUUACAUAUAACUUAUAUAAUGUUUGCUGGUUUGGGAGUGGUACAUAAUCACUCCAAUUCGGAUCGGGGAGGAUUAUCAAGCAGCUGGAACCCGAACCAUAUCUCACCUGCCCCUGCACCUAUGUAAUUAGAGCACUACCUAUACAAUAUUUUUCUUAUAUUUUACGUGUUCUAUUCUUGUUAUGUUAUUAAUGAUGCAAUGAGCUCUUCUGAUGGACAAGCAACAGAAAAUUUACUUGGUAAUUAACCAUAUUUUUGGACAUAUUUUUCUGGCAAA